AUGUUCCCAGAGAAGCGGACAGACAGAGUUUACUGGCUACAGGAUACAUCCCUGGCAAGGGUAAUAGGACGUUGUCUACUUCUCGGGUCAUCCCGGCGGGAAGAGCUCGAGCGAUGGCGCGUUUCCGGGGGCAUAGAUCUGGCACGAUGCGUGGAGAAUGUCAUGCGACAGGCCGAAAACCACAUCCGCGAAGGCCAGGAGGUAACCGUCGAGGAGAUUGAUGAUGCCUUGAACAGAGUUGCAUCUCGGUGCAGAUUUUCCGGGCCCCGUGUGCGUAGACAACGGGCUGCGGUUGAUGUAGAUGAGACGCUGUCUCCUCUAUACCGACGAUUGAGUAGUAGAGAUGCAAAAUGGCUGACUCGCAUGAUACUCAAGAACUAUUCUCCUGUGACUUUACCGCGGAAUCUAACGCUGAAGAGCUUUCAUUUUUUGCUUCCGCAUUUUCUGCUUUUUCAGGAUGAUUUUGAGGCGACGCUGAAUAUGCUGGUGUCGGAGCCUAUUAGUCACUUUCCACCACAUCCAGAGCCAGGGCUGGCUAGGGACUUGGGGAUGAUAGCUAUGCAACAUUUGAGUCCAGUGGUUGGCAUUAAGAUCGGGCGACCGGACUACUACAAGGCUCGGAGUAUCAAGCACUGCUGUCAGAUGAUUGGUCGCCGUCGGAUGAGUAUAGAGAGGAAGUACGAUGGUGAAUACUGUCAAAUACACGUUGAUCUCUCGAAGCCUUCUAGGUCUAUUCAGAUAUUCUCGAAAAGUGGUAAGGAUUCUACUGCAGAUAGGUCAGGGGUCCAUCACGUUGUCAGAGAUUCCUUGAGAAUAGGAAGGCCGGGGUGCAAAUUCUCUCGUCGGUGUAUUCUGGAAGGUGAGCUACUUGUUUGGAGCGAUCGACAUGGCAAAAUUAUGGAUUUCCAUAAGCUACGCAAGUUUAUCGCCCGUUCUGGCACUUUCAUUGGGACGGAGAAUGAUUCCCCGCCACAACCUUAUGAGCAUUUGAUGAUUGUGUUUUUCGAUAUCCUCCUCCUUGACGACGACGUUUGCUUGAAAAAACCACACCGAGAGCGACGAUUACUAUUGAAAGACGUAGUACAUGUAAUCGAAGGCCGCGCAGACAUCUCCGAACAACGAAUCAUAGACUUCUCCCGGUCUGGGAGUCAGUCGCACCUAGAAAAUAUCUUCGCCAAGGGCGUCGCUCAGCGAUGGGAAGGGUUUGUCUUAAAAGGCUGCGAAGACCCCUACUUCACCAUCUUUCCCAGCCAAGCAAAUGGCUCCAUGGGCCGCUGGAUUAAGCUUAAGAAAGACUACAUCCCAGGUCUAGGUGAUACGGUAGACCUUGCGAUCAUCGGCGGAAAAUAUGAUUCUCGAGACGCCGGUGGCUUAAAGCAGAUCCAAAGGUUAUUAUGGACACAUUUCUUCAUUGGAUGUCUUCUCAAUAAAGAGGAUGUUUUGCAGUCCAGAUCUAAGCCUAAAUUUCGGGUGGUCGAUGUGAUCAAUCGUCAUUGCAUGAGCCCGAAGAACAUGCAGAUCCUCAAUCAGUUUGGGGAGUACACUGCCUGCGGCAUUGAUUCAGGGCAUGGGUUCGAUAUAGAGUACGGGACGGGCAACAUCCCCGGCUUGGGUGUUGUUUUCAGGACUCCUUUUGUUGUCGAGAUGCUAGGUAGCGGGUUUGAGAAACCAUCAGGCUCCAGAUAUUAUACGCUUCGCUUCCCGAGAAUCAUGAAGAUUCAUUGGGAUAGAUCGUUUGAGGAUGCAGCAUCGUUUUCAGAGCUACAGCUUCUGGCUGACGAUGCCCGGGCAGUCCCCUCAGAAGAGCUGGCGCAAGAAGAAACUGAAUGGAAUAAACGUCUUAAGCUGGGGAACGGCUCGUCGGAGUAUAUAGUCGAUCGAUCCCAGAGCUUGACUAGCUCUUCAGGAGUGACCCAGAGUCCAGUGAAACUCCGUGAAAAUAUGUAG